UUGGCUGUGUUGGGUCUUCAUUGCUGCACACGGGCUGUGUCUGGUUGCAGUGAGCGGGGGCUACUCUUCGUUGUGGUGCACGGGCUCCUCAUUGCGGUGGCUUCUCUUAUUGCGUAGCACGGGCUCUAGGCGCAUGGACUUCAGUAGUUGCAGCACACAGGCUCAAUAGUUGUGGCUCAUGCGGUCUAAAGCACAGGCUCAGUAGUUGUGGUGCACGGGCUUAGUUGCUUAGCGGCAUGUGGGAUCUUCCUGGACCAGGGACAGAACCCAUGUCCCCCGCAUUGGCAGAUGGAUUCUUAACCACUGCCACCAGGGAAGUCCCUUGAGGAAAUUUUUAUUGGUUGAGCAGUAAUACUGUAGUUGCCCCUCUCGGAUGCUAGGCAGCGGCGUAGGCCCGGGAAUGGUGCGCCGCCUUGACCCGGGAAGCGGCGAUGGGGGGCGGCCCAAACACAGGAGUUCCUGUGGGCGCCGGCGCAGCAGGGAGCAGUGCAGGGUUCUGAUGGCGGAGCUGCAGCAGCUCCGGGUGCAGGAGGUGGUGGACUCCAUGGUGAAGGGUCUGGAGAGAGAGAACAUCCGGAAGAUGCAGGGCCUCACGUUCCGGUGCAGUGCCGGCUGUUGUGAGGACAGCCAGGCAUCCGUGCAGCAAGUGCACCAGUGCACUGAGCGCUGCCAUGCGCCUCUGGCUCAAGCCCAGGCCCUGGUGACCAGCGAGUUGGAGAAAUUCCAGGACCACCGGGCCGGGUGCGCUAUGUGUUGCAACGGCAAAGCCAGAGAUUCAAUAGAUGCAGGGAGUAAAGAGCUUCCGGUGAAGCAGCAGCUGGAGAGUGGCGUGACCAAGUGUGUGGAUGACCACAUGAACCCCAUCCCAAUCCUGACCCAGAGGAUGAAGGAGUCUCUCUCAUCCACUGGGAAAUAGAUGUCUGCUGUUGGCCAUUGGGGCUGAGGACAGGAAUCUUUUUAAAAAGAGGGAUGGGGAUUUGGGUCUUCUAAGGAAAGUUUAUGAAUGAGGAAAUUAAGGAUGGCAGCAAGUUUAAGGCCUGUGUCACUUGCCUCUGGACAGUCGUUCCUUUGAGUUUCAGUUCUAGAAAGUGAAAUGGAAAAAACCAGCGCUAAAAUUUGGGUCAGAGUUAGCACGGGAGAGUUUCUGUGAGCCUGAAUUUCAUGUGGCAAGCGCUUUUCUUGGCAACAGGGAGUCUCCCUGGUACCAAACCAGAGCCCUCCAUGGUACCAGAUUCUCUUAGUAUGCAGAUACCAACAGGCUGGCAGGUUCAUGUAACCUGCUUAUGAACUGGUGGAAUGUGAGGAGAGGUGUUUCUAUUUGUUGCCAACUCCCUGUUCACAGAAG